UCGGGGCUCUCCACAGGCGCGGCGGGCGGGCUGAGGCGAGCGGAGCCCGGGCGGCGUCGAGCGGGGCGAGGGGCGCGGGCUGGAGCCGCUGCCCACCGGCCCCAGAGCCGGGGAGGGCUGCGGGAAGGGUUAGUGCGAGCUCGCCUGUGCGAGGAGCCGCGCCGCAACCAUGGGGAACCGCGGGAUGGAGGAUCUCAUCCCGCUGGUCAACCGGCUGCAGGACGCCUUCGCCGCCAUCGGGCAGAAUGCCAACCUCGACCUGCCGCAGAUCGCCGUGGUGGGGGGGCAGAGCGCCGGCAAGAGCUCCGUGUUGGAGAAUUUUGUCGGGAGGGACUUUCUGCCACGUGGAUCUGGCAUCGUAACCAGGCGCCCACUGGUCCUUCAGCUGGUAAAUGCCAGCACAGAAUAUGGCGAGUUCCUACACUGCAAAGGAAAGAAAUUCACUGAUUUUGAGGAGGUCCGUUUGGAGAUUGAGGCUGAAACGGAUCGUGUUACUGGCUCCAACAAAGGGAUUUCCCCUGUGCCCAUCAACCUCCGAGUCUACUCUCCCCAUGUCCUGAACCUGACCUUGGUAGAUCUGCCGGGUAUGACAAAAGUCCCUGUGGGGGAUCAGCCCCCUGACAUCGAGUUCCAGAUCCGAGACAUGCUCAUGCAGUUUGUCACCAAAGAGAACUGCCUCAUCUUGGCAGUAUCCCCAGCCAACUCUGAUUUGGCCAAUUCUGAUGCCCUGAAGAUUGCAAAGGAGGUGGAUCCUCAAGGCCAGCGCACCAUUGGGGUCAUCACCAAGCUGGAUCUUAUGGAUGAAGGAACUGAUGCACGAGAUGUAUUAGAAAACAAAUUGCUUCCCCUCCGUAGGGGUUACAUUGGUGUGGUCAACAGAAGUCAGAAGGACAUAGAUGGCAAGAAGGAUAUUCAGGCAGCUCUGGCUGCAGAGAGGAAGUUUUUUCUGUCCCACCCAGCCUACAGACACAUGGCUGAUCGCAUGGGAACCCCAUUCCUGCAGAAAGUGCUGAACCAGCAAUUGACCAACCAUAUCCGUGACACGCUGCCAGGGCUGCGGAACAAGCUCCAGAGCCAGCUCCUGUCCAUUGAGAAGGAGGUGGAGGAGUACAAGAACUUUCGCCCUGAUGACCCCGCUCGCAAGACCAAAGCUCUGCUUCAGAUGGUCCAGCAGUUUGCUGUGGACUUUGAGAAACGCAUUGAAGGCUCUGGAGACCAAAUUGACACCUAUGAGCUGUCGGGAGGAGCUCGGAUCAACCGUAUCUUCCAUGAGCGUUUCCCCUUUGAACUGGUGAAGAUGGAGUUUGAUGAGAAGGAGCUGCGGCGGGAGAUCAGCUACGCCAUCAAGAACAUCCACGGUAUCAGAACCGGUCUCUUCACACCCGACAUGGCCUUUGAGACCAUUGUGAAAAAGCAGGUGAAGAAGAUUAAAGAGCCUUGCCUGAAAUGCGUGGACAUGGUCAUUUCGGAGUUAAUCAAUACUGUUAGACAGUGCACCAAGAAGCUCAGCCAGUACCCUCAUCUGCGUGAGGAGAUGGAGAGGAUUGUCACCACCCACAUCCGUGAGAGAGAAGGCAGGACCAAGGAUCAGGUCAUGCUUCUAAUAGACAUUGAGCUGGCUUACAUGAACACAAACCACGAGGAUUUCAUUGGCUUUGCCAAUGCUCAGCAGAGGAGCAGCCAGAUGAGCAAGAAGAAGGCAGCUGGUAACCAGGUGAUCCGGAAGGGCUGGCUCACCAUCAACAACAUUGGCAUCAUGAAGGGUGGCUCCAAGGAGUAUUGGUUUGUCCUGACGGCGGAGAACCUCUCCUGGUACAAGGAUGAUGAGGAGAAGGAGAAGAAGUACAUGUUACCAGUGGAUAACCUGAAACUGCGAGAUGUGGAGAAGGGAUUCAUGUCCAGCAAGCACAUCUUUGCUCUCUUCAACACUGAACAGAGGAAUGUUUACAAGGACUACCGGCAGCUGGAGCUGGCCUGUGAGACCCAGGAGGAGGUGGAUAGCUGGAAGGCUUCCUUCCUUCGUGCAGGGGUCUACCCAGAGCGUGUUGGGGACAAGGACAAAGCCAGUGAAGCAGAGGAGAAUGGAGGAGAUAGUUUCAUGCACUCCAUGGAUCCUCAGCUGGAGAGACAAGUGGAAACGAUCAGGAACCUGGUGGAUUCCUACAUGGCAAUUGUCAACAAAACCAUCAGGGACCUCAUGCCGAAGACAAUCAUGCACCUCAUGAUAAACAAUACCAAGGACUUCAUCCACUCAGAGCUGCUGGCGAACCUGUACUCGUGCGGGGACCAGAACACGCUGAUGGAGGAGUCUGCGGAGCAGGCGCAGCGGCGCGACGAAAUGCUGCGCAUGUACCACGCCCUGAAGGAGGCCCUCAACAUCAUCGGGGACAUCAACACCAGCACCAUCAGCACCCCCAUGCCCCCACCGGUGGACGACUCCUGGCUGCAGGUGCAGAGCGUACCGUCCGGACGCAGGUCCCCCACGUCCAGCCCCACGCCGCAGAGGAGAGCCCCUGCCGUGCCCCCCGCCAGGCCUGGAUCUCGCGGCCCGGCUCCUGGGCCACCUCCUGCUGGUGGGUCCACGCUGGGUGGUGCCCCCCCUGUGCCCUCCAGGCCAGGUGCCUCUCCUGAUCCCUUCGGGCCCCCACCUCAGGUUCCUUCUCGGCCUAAUCGUGCUCCUCCGGGUGUUCCCAGAAUCACUAUCAGUGACCCCUGAGGACUGGCAGCCACGGUAGGUUUUGCACUCUCGCUGCAAUGCAUGAGUCUCUGUGUCCCCAUCCUCCAGCACUGCUCUGCAGCUCUCCUCUGCUGCCCAGUUCUUGUGUUAGUAACAGAGUCCCUUGUCUGAUGAACCACCUCUGCCAGGAUCUCAUAAAGGGAGGAGUCUUGAACAGAAAUACUGGCUGAUCAGAGGCAGAGCAGCUGCUUGAGCUGCAGGAGCUGGGAAAGCCUCAGUACCUGAUUUAAGGUCUGGAGGAUCCUUUCUCUGCUUCUGAAUAGAGAAGGUGGGAUGGGGGAAUGAGCUCUGGCAACAAGGUCUAAACUCUGUGUGUUUCAUUUGGCUUAUAUCCACACUAACUGUAAGAUCAGCUGAAUAAACUCUGCUUUGAUUUGGUCUGUCAGCUCUGUUAGGAUCAAGACAGAGACUUGGGGAGCUGAUAGUUCAGACUCCUCUUCUUACAUUCUAAUGUCUGGCUGGAGAAGUGCUCCCAUCCUCACUGUGUCCCCAGUGCUCAUGGAAGUCAAGAGGAGUUUGGGUCAUUAAUAUCAGGACUUCCAUGUCUGAGUGCAGGGUAACUCUGACAUUGAAUGUUCUCUUUUAUCCUUGUGUCCCAUCAUCAGAUAGAUGGGAACUCCCUGUGUUUGUUCUCCCCUUGACCCUUUACCUUCAAGGUUACUCUCCUGCUUCCAUUCAAACUGCCUUCUCUUUUCUCUGCCUCCUGCCUCUCCAAGAGGAAGGGUGUAGUGAUCUGUGUCCCUCAAACACUCUGCCCUGAGCUCCUGCCCAUUUCUCUCUCCUCUUUCUCCCUGCAUUUUGUUGUAGUGGUUCAGUGAUGUAGCAGGGUGUGGGUUUGUGUUGUGUUGUAUUGCUCAUCCUGUUAAUGUCAGUGGGGGUGUGAAGAGGGACAUCAGCAAAUUUUCCUGAGUCCUUUUCUUGGGAACCUCCAACUCUUAUUGACAAAGAGGUACAGAGGGCAAAACUGGAUUUUUUUGGGCCCUUUCUCUGUGGAUUUGGUUCAUGACAGAGGAGUGGAGCAGCAGCAGCUCCUGCAGAUUCCCUUGCUGCUGGUUGUGGCAGAGAGAUCUGGGGUAAGGAGCAUGUGCUGAAAUCCUACUUUAAUAGGAACAGCAGAAGUUGAAGCCCCUGUUCUGGGCAGGGGUGUCUCAGCCAGCCCCCAUCGUGCAGUAGAUGGUGUCUGUUACUGCUGCAAAGAACUGCAGUUAGAGCUGCCACAUUGCAGUGACUGCUCAUGAUUGACAUCUUUGAGGACGUCAUCGUCAGCCCUCCUCACUGAUGACACACUGCAGAGGUGUUGGAGCAAUCAGCAGUUUCCUCCAAUAUUCUGCCUGUGCAGACAUCCCUGACAGCCCUGGAAAUGUGCAUCCUGGGUGAACAGCCUUGGGAAGGAGCCUUGCUGCUGUCUGUACCCCAUUCUGGGACUCGCUGUUAAUGGGGCAUUCUGUUUUUAAUCUGGCAUAAAGAGCACCAAGGAAAUAAAAAUUAAAAACUAAAAAAAACCCCCAAAUUAUCCAAAAAAUUACACCCAAAACCUUUUGCAGUCCAAGGGAAUAAACAGAGUAUUUUCCCACCUCUGUUACAUCCUUAUCAACAGAACUCCCUAUUAGCCCAGUGGUUCUUAGAUAGGAUUAGCUCAGUGUUCUCCCUGGAUAUGGCCUGAAAGACAGACUUCAAAGGAUGUGACAGUCACUGUAACUCAUCUCCCUGGGCUCCUGCCGGGGCUCAGGUCUUCCUUCUCAUGUACUGGAGACAGCCACGGGCGUCCCUGUGAGCAAAACUUUAUUGCUUUUCCUGACAAAGAGUGACUUUUCAGUGAUAUAAAAAGGCUUGACUAGCACUGUAGUCAGACUGAAGCAGCAUUUUGGGGGUAAAUGAUGCCUGAGAGACUUCUCUGUCCCUCUGUCCCCACAGUUUUCAGCCUUUUCUAACCUUACCAGGCAAAUUCUGCAAGCAUCUCCAGAAAAUCUCAACAGAAACAGCCCACAAGUUUAAAAAGUGACAGCCCCACACCCUAAGAUGCUUUGAAUGCUGAGAGAAAUAAGUCUGCAAAAAUCAGUCAUAGUACAUUACAAAAAUUAGCCCAUCUACCUGUGAAUUACUUGUGCUCCUUUCAGCCCUAUCUAUUCUGCUAGGGUCAAGUGGCCACUCCUGCCAGAACACUUUACGUACUCUAGUGGCUUCAAGUAUCCUUUUCAUGUGAACCCUCAGAGGCUUUUAGCACAACCUGUGCAAACUUCUGAAAUGCAAAUGGUCCUUCAACCUUCCCAAAAAUGCCUUCUGACAUGUGAUGAUGAAACAGCAUCUCACUAAAUGUUGAGUUGAAGUUCUGUAAGGUUUUAAUUCAGGUGGUGUUGCUGUUCCAAUGACAGUAGAAGCCCCCAAAGGAUUGCUGUGGCUGCAUUUACACCGUAACACCCUUAGAGAGAAUGCACAGAUCCCACAUGUCAUGAAGCUCUGAGGCUUAAUAGAUCUGGAGCAGUAAGUUCUGCUGAGGUUAAAUAAACAGAACUGGAGAGUUGCUCUUGUGUAUUUGCUAAAUGAGGCAACUUGCCCCAAUUUAUAGGAGUGUAACUCCUCUAGUGCCAGUGUGAUUGGAGACUGCUGGUACAAAUAUCCUCCUCUGCCCCUCUUCCCUCCCUCCCCUCAGCCCCUGUGUCAGGAGAGGGCCUUCAUUUCUAGCAGUGAGUUGAUUCUCUGUACUUUAAGUCUUGUCAGUGUGGAAUUACUGAGGCAUUAAUUCUGUGACACCUGGUCCUGUAUGAUCAGUGCAAGGACUUCCCCUCCAUUUGGUCUGCAUGCUGUUGGCUUUGCUCUUUGCAUUUCAGGCAGUUUGGACCUUAAAACUACUCUGGCUUGGUACCAAACUAUUUAUUUAUUUAAUGAAGCAUCAGCAAAAUGCAGUUGAGGUCACAGACACUGCCGGGAGCAUGCAUUAAAGGAAAAACACAGAUUGGACUCAGUCUUACAGAGCACAUUUUUAUUUAUAGCCUUCUUACAGCCUGUAGUCUGAGACUGAAGUGAUAUUUCAGGUAAUUAGCUGAGAGCCAUGUCAGGGGUGUUGUCUUCUAUGUUUUUGUUGUGGUGUUUUUUCCCCCCAGUCCCUUACAGGAAGGAGAUUCUAGAACACUUAAUCCGUGCAGAGGGCAAACACUUAAGUUUAUGUAGCUAAAGUACCAGCAAAAGGAUUGGAACAGAAUGGAGUAGGAGUAGCCAAGGUUCCUUUUAUUGAAGUAAGAAGCUGGAUUUGCUCUGUGACAGAACUGGAAAAUUGAAAGUUGUAAGCUUGUCCCUGACAUCCAAGAGCAGUCUCGUGUCAGAAUAGGAAAUCUCAGCCUUUCAGCAGCUUCAAGGGCAAGGGAAGAAGGUGCUCCCCCAAACCAGCCAAGAGCCUCUGGCAGCAGCGCAUCUCAGAGGACCCCAUCCAUGCUGUGUGACUGUCAUGUGCUUGGUACAGGAGCUCACUGUUGUCCAUGCUUCUCCACUCGUCCCACAGCCAGGACACUUACUGGCACUAAAUCUCUGCACUUCCAAAUUUCAGAGGGAAGCAAAACUGGCAGUCCAGGGGAUUGCUUUACUGGUGAUCUGUGCUGUGCAGAAAGGCCAGUGUGAGGCCAGGUAGAAGCCUGUGAGUCUCCUCUGUGGAGCUGCUCUCUGGGGGUUUGUGCCGCAGGUUGGAUUCUUUUGCUGGCUCAGGUGAAGUGGAGAAGCAUGUGUGGUUGUGACUGCAAUUGCUGUGCUAACCACAGUGUGUGUUCUCUUGUUUUUGUUUCCUGCUUUU